CUGUCGUCAGUACCAUGGCCCCGAACGGCACAGGUAGGCGAUCAGUUGAUUUAAUCUCUAUCAUUAAAAGAUUAAAUAUUUUUGAAAAUAGUCCAGACUCUUACUUUCUCCUACUCCUCUCAGAGAGGGAUUUGACAGUCCUGUGAAUGGUGUCAAUGCAUGAUAGUCUAGUCGAAAAUGGAAUGCAUCUGGACAAACAACAACGGGCCCACUGUUUUGUUCAAAGCACUCUUAAGGUUUCAUUAAAAUUAAGGCACCCUAUGUGUCAUUCCAAAAAAAAAAGAUAUUUUAUUUUGGGUCCAAUAACUUUAUUUAUAAUUUUUAUAGUCCAGCUAAGGUAACCUUUGAGACAGAUCAAAAAUAUAUUUUUUUUAUUUUUUAUAACAUUUCACAUAUUUUUUUUUUUCUUUUCCUUCUUUAGACAUCCCAAUUCCCGAGACACGUACGUCAAUUUCAUCAAAUUUGAAAUAAUCUGUAAAAUGCUCUAACAUAAUCACAUGCCUACAGCAUGUCUUUUAAUAUCAGAUUUAAACUUAAUAAUACAAUUUAACAUACUUAUUGUUUUAAAAGUAGACUCAACAUUCAUCCAUCCGCCCAACCAUCUCUCAUUCUCAUUUUCUCUCUCUCUCCCUCUUUUUCGCUUUCUUUCUCUCUCUUUUUACUUUAUCCUUUUCUCUCUUUCUCUCUCUUUUUUCUUUCUCUCGUCUCUAUUUCUCUCUUCUUUUUAUUUCUGUCUCCAUACCCCUAAGUUUCUUUUUCUUUCUCAUUCAAUCUUUUUUCCUCUUACCGUUUUCUCUAUCUCAUAUCUUUUCUCUCUUCUCUCAUCCCCUCUCUCUCUCUCUCUCUCUUUCUCUUUCGUUUCUCUCGUUUUCUCUCCUUCUUUCGUUUUUUCUUUCUUUCUCUUCUUUUUUUCUCUUUUCUUAUCCAUCUCACUUUCUAUCUCACUCCGCUUUUUUCUUUCUUUCAACAUCUAUUUUUGUACCUCAAUUUUCUCUCUCUCUGUUCUCUAACUCUUAUUUUCUGUAUCUUUCUUUUUCUUUCUCUCGCUUUUCUUUCCAUUUCUUUCUCAGAAAUUAUUUUUACUGUCAUCUAAAUUUAACAUUUGUGAGAUAUUCGGGAUAAAAAUGCCAUGCAUCUUGACAAGCUACUUCUUUCCCGCUGUUUUAAUUUUAUUUUUUCAUGAUUUUUUCAAAAUAACUCCACCGAUUCACCCAUCCUUCCACAAAUAAACAUUCCUCAAAAUAAAACUACAUAUUUUACGACUUUCCCCCCGUUCCCAUUUAAAACUCAUUGUUGAGCUGUUUUCAGUACCAUUGACUCGAGUAGCAUAGUUAUGCAAUCAGUUGUUUUUAUCUUUAUCAUUAAUAUUUUAAAUCUAAAAAAAAUAUAUAUAUAAACAUACUGUUUAAGAUCGUGUUCAGUACAUUAAUACAAGUAAUUAUAUGACACCUGCAUUGUAUUCAUAAAACCAUGUCUUCUACAAUAUAAAUAUGAAGUAUUAUUAACAAAUGAGAUAUUUAUAUUAUAACAAAGAAUAUUUUUUUUUUUAAAUACCUGCACAAAUGUGAGUUAGUCAUGUUGAAAAUGUCAUGCAUCUUCAAAAUCUACAUCUAGCCCAAUUUUUUUUUUAUUCAAAACAACUUUAUCGUUUCAUUAAGAUUAAGCCACGCUCUGUGUUAUAAAACAUGAAGGAUUUUUUUUGUUUUUUUCCCCUCGUUCCCAAAAUUUAUUAUAAUUCACCUAGCCACCUGUGCAUCCUCCUACCCCAAAAUAAAACAACAUAUUUAACGACCUUCCACUCAUUCACAUUGUAAAAUUUAUUUCAGCUGUCGUCAGUACCAUGACCCCAAGUAGUACAGGUGAGGAGCAAUCAGUUGAUUUUAUAGCUACUAUUAAAAGUUUAAAUCUUUUUUUAAAAAAUCCGGACCUAAUGAUUUAGAUCUGGUUAAGUACGAUAAUACAAUUAAUCAUGUGACAUCGGCUUUGUAUUCAUUAUAGCAUGUCUUUUGCAAUAUAAAUAUGAAAUGAUAUUUACAAAUGAUAUAAUAUAUUAAUAUUUAUAUUAUAACAAAUGAAUAAUUUUGGAAAUACCUGCACAAGGAAUGACAUUUAAAAUUUUUUUCUCAGAUGCAUUUUGUUAACAUAAAAAAUGGUCAAUUGAUACUGGGAUAAUAGUAACUUGUGUAACUGUGACAUAUGUUUUUGUGACUUUUGUAAUUCAGACCUUUGUCUUAAGUAAGUGUGACUAAUUUAAUUCUUACCUAUGUAAUUGCGACUUAAGUGAUUAUGAAUUUUUAGAAUUUCACUAUUUUUUUCCAAAAGUACAAAUUUAAUAUCACAUAGUUGUAAAUGAUACUUGUAUCUAUGUAGAGUUAAUAAUUUUCAUUUUAUAUUCGAUACUUUCUCUAACUUACUCUCUUUCCAUUCUCUCUCUCUCUCUCUCUCUCUUUCUCUCCCUCUCUCUUUCUCUCUCUGUCUCUCUCUUUCUAUCUCUCUUUCUCAUCUUUGUUUUUAUGUGGUCCUUUCUCUUCCACUAUUUUUUUUUUCAAUUUUGCUCUAUCUUUCUCUCUCACUCUAUCUCUCUCUUUUCUCUCUCAUUCUCUCUCCCUGACUAUUUUUCGUUCUCUCUAUUUCUCAUUCUUUCAUUAUCUCUUCCUCUCUUACUUUUCUGUCGUUCUUUCUCAAAAUCGUUCUCUUUUUUUCUCCCUUUUGCUCUCUUUCUCUCUUUUUAUUUCUCUGUUUCUUCCUUUCUGUCAUUUUCUUUCUCUUUUUUUCUCUCUCAGUAACUUUCGUUCUCUAUCCCUGUAUCUUUAUUUUUCUAUCACGUAUCUCUUUUCUCUCUCUUUCCUCUCUAUCUUCUCUAUUCUCGCUCUCUGCUCUCAUCCUCUCUCAAUUUUCUCUCUCUCUUUCUAUCUCUUUUUUUUUCUCUUUCUUUCUCCUCUCUCUUCUUUCUCCCUUUUUCUUUUUCUCUCUCCCAUUUAUACCUCUCUCUUUCUAGCUGACCCAAUUUUUUCCUCUAUCUCUUUUACUCCUUCUCAAUCAGUUGGUUUUAUAAAUACUAUUAAAAGUUUAAAUCUUUACACAAUCCAGACCUAAUGUUUUAGAUCUGGUUCAGUGCCUUAAUACUAGUAAUUAUGUGACACCGGAAUUGUAUUCAUUAUAGCAUGUGUCCUAGAAUGUAAAUAAGCAAAAUUAUUUUCAAAUGGGAUACUUACAUUACAUCAAAGAAUUUUUUUAGGAAUACCUUCAAAAGGUGCGACAUUAAAUUUCAUGUUUCUCAAGUGAUAUUUUUUGAUAAAAUAACAAAUUAUCCGUGGUUAUUUGGAUGAUUGUUACUUGUGACAUAUGUAAUUGGGACAUUUUUUAAUUCUAAUGUAUGUAAUUGUGACCUUUUUUAGUUGUGACCGGUGUAAUUGUGUUUAUGAAAAUGUGUCCGAUGUCAUAGUAACGUGUGUAAUUGUUACAUAUUUGAACAAUUCCAAAAAAUUAGCUCCGAUUAUUGUGAGAUUAUAUUACACUUCUAUCUUUGUACAAUGUGUGACAAGUUAUAUAAAUUCAAGCAAUUUUAAUGAUUCAAGCAUUCAGUGAUUAUUAAAUUGUUAAAGCUUUUGAUUUUUAAAAUUUUAAAAUAACAAAACAGAUUCGUAGUAGUUUGGAAAAUCCACACAAAAAAAAACAGUAGGAGUUUUUGUGUGUACCUUUUCUUUUUUUAAGUAAACCCCUUCAUUAGAUGAACCCCUCAUUAAUGUUUGCUGCUAAGUGUUAGGAACUGUCUUUUCUCGACUUAAACCUGCAUCUGAUGAGUGGCAACAUGUUUAUAACGCGCAUGAAGACAACAAACGCUGAUUAAACUUUUACAUGUAUUUUGGAAUUUAACUUUUACGGUUGAAUACAAUUUAGACGUUUAAGUAAAACUGUUGGAGGGUAAAACUGUUGGAGGGUAAAACUGUUGGAGGGUAAAACUGUUGGAGGGUAAAACUGUUGGAGGGUAAAACUGAAGAAUGUGUGGACACUGGUCAUCCCUCGUCAAAAAACCAAGUGAACCGCCUAAUCAUGAACGCUUGAACUAUUUAAAGAUAAAAUGCUGUUGUAAAAAAACUACAGAAAACUGUGCUGAUACACCCCGAACCAUCUUUAUUACAGAUACCUACUAGCAGCUCGAUCACUGGAAUGCUUCGCUUAAACUUAGGACCAAAACAUAGAAUCUUUUUUUUUUUUUACGCUGUCUUUUAGGAUUUACUAGCGUACUCCAGCAACGGUUACUAAAUCUAAAUGAUCACAAAAUAAGUCAUAAUGGUCACUAAGAGUGAGAAGGUUUCUCGUAUAACACGUCUGAUUUUAACGCCAGAGAAAUAGUUUCGAAGUCUGGUAUUUAAAUAUUUAUUAUUAAUCUGUGUGCUCAAAUUGAAUAUAUGUGUUGAUGAUUAUUAUCCUUUUUUAAAGAUUCCCAUUUAGUUUUAAGGAUAAAAGAAUGUUAUCCAUUUUCCGUUAUCCCAUUUCAAAUGAUGUACAAUAAGAAACUGCAAGUUCAACUACAUUAACAUAUUGUGAUCUUUUUUUGCACUGAUCGUUCCACUGUUUACCGGUUUAGCGUCGCCUCUAAUAACACAAUGUACAGCAAGUGCUGACAUAGUCUUUGUCCUUGACGCUUCUGGAAGUAUCGGUGAUGUCCAGUACAGAUUGGUCCUCUCGUUCGUCAAAAAUUUUAUUAACAGUUCUACAUCUGGAAGUUCGUCGGACCUCAGAUUCGGAUUGGUUAUAUUCAGUGACAGUGUCCAGAAAAUAUCGGAACUUAACACGUACAACGAUAUUCAGGAACUUAAUAAGGUAAAUAAGAAAUACCCAAUGUCUUUCUCGAGUGUACAAUUAACAAUCAAAUAAUUUACGUUUUGUUUUAAAGUGAUGCAUUAAUUACUUGUUUGGGGGAUCCACUUACUUUCAAACCCAAAAAGUCACCUGAUAGGUAUUUUUUAAAAAAUGGAGAUACUUAAUAACAAAUAGGAUAUUUUUUUUUAAACUUUCUUUAAUAGCAACCACUCUUUGCUGGUAGUAGAGAGUUUAGUUUAAUUAAUUUUGACGGGCAAAUACGAGAUCACUUCUACAAAUCAUUUCUGUCAGGUGCUUAUACGAUAUCUUAUAUAUAAGUUUGUUAUUUUUCCCUAGAAAGUAUUGGGUAGGUAGUCAAUGUCUUUAAUUUUUUUCCCUUGACCACGAGACACUUAUGUUGGUUAAUCAUAACAAAUUGGGUGGAAUCUCCUCUUGUUAUACCCUUAAUUUGACAGAUUUUACGUGUCCUUUGCAUAAUUAAAAAUUGACAUAUGUUAAUGAAAGUCUCCUUAUUUCUCAUUCAUUACCAAAGUAAACAGUACGUUAGUGCCCACACACACUGCUUGUUGCCCUACACACACUUAUUAUUCUGUUGCCCCAAACACAAUGAUUUUUGUAAAUGCUCCAGACACACUGCUUGUUACAACUGCCCCAAACUCACUGAUUGUUACAACUGCCCCAAACUCACUGCUUGUUACAACUGCCCCAAACUCACUGCUUGUUACAACUGUCCCAGACACACUGCAUGUUACAACUGCCCCAAACUCACUGCUUGUUACAACUGCCCCAAACUCACUGCUUGUUACAAAUGCCCCAAACACACUGCUUGUUACAAUUCCCCUAAACACACUGCUCAUUACAACUAUCUCAAACACACUUCUUGUUACAACUAUCCCAAACACACUUCUUGUUACAACGAUCCCAAACACAGUUCUUGUUACAACUAUACCAAGCACACUUCUUGUUACAACUAUCCCAAACACACUGCUUGUUAUAACUGCCCAAACACACUGCUAGUUACAUCUGCCCCAAACACACUGCUUCUUACAACUGCCCCAAAAACACUGCUCGUUACAACUGCCCAAACACACUGCUUGUUUAACGUCUAUCGUUUAAACUUCCCAACACACUCCGACUCCUCUUCCAAUUUGUAUCAGGCUAUAGAUGACGCUCCCUACCCUGGUGGAUUCACAUACACAAACAAAGGUUUGAACAUGGCAAGGCAAAUGUUCUUACUCCAUGGACGGGUAAACACGCCUCAUGUCAUCAUACUCAUGACAGAUGGAUAUUCUACGUCUAGAAAUCAGAGUAAGUUUAAGAAUAUCCAUGGUUUGAUUUUAUAUUUCUCUCCAAAAAAUAAAUUAAUUUUAAAUAUAAUUUAAUUAGCAAAGUAGUUAUUUUCAAAUAAGGUUGAUUUCUGCUAGGAACAUAGCAUUAUCAAUAUUUUCUGUGCUCAAUUUAGUUUUAACAACUAUACAUUAUCAAUAUUUUCUGUGCUCAAUUUAGUUUUAACAACUAUACAUUAUUUAUAUUAUUAAAUGGUACAUUAGUGCGAUGGCAGAUGUGGGUAAGGUAAUUGUGAUUUUAGUCCAUUUGAAACAAAAUCGUUAAUCACCCUAUUACUGAGACCAUGGGACUAUCGUCAAAAUGAAUAUAUGAGUCUGUAUACAUAGUGUAUGAUUGUGUUUAAUUAGUGUAUGACUGGGUAUACUUAGUCUUCCAUUUGUGCAUCUCAGCUCUGCUAGAAUCACAAGGUCUGAGAGUCAGCAACAUUACAAUGAUAUCGAUCGGAUUAGGAGACAUAAUCGAUCAGUCCGAGCUGAAUGAAAUCAGCAAACCUGGUGACGUAUUCGUGGUCAAGGACUAUAAUAAAUUAAAAGACUUUCUUGGCCAACUUCUCAAUAAAUUUUGUCAAAGUAAGUGGAUAUUUCAAUGUCUUCUCAAUAAAUUAUGUCACAGUAAGUUGACAUGUCAAUGUCUUCGCAAUAAAUUAUGUAAGUGGACAUUUUUAUAUCUUCUCAAAACAGUAUGUCAAGUUAAGUGGAUAUUUAAUGUCUUCUUUUAUGUCUUAUAUUUUUUCUAUCACAUUAGAAAGUAAAGGGACAGUUCAAUGUCUGGUUUCAAGUAUUGUGUACUUUAUUAAAUGUGAUUUUCAUUUUUAAUUUAGAGGAAAUUUUUGUCUCAAAUUGUCACAUAUAUAUGUGUUACGUCUUUUAACCUGCUUUAUUCAGGUAUUUCACAACUAAACAUAUGCUGCAACACAAGUACAUGACACAAACUCUAUUCCAUUGGUGAAUACGUAAACAAUGAGUUGAUGUGUUGUUUUUCACUAUAUAUUUCAGCUGUAAGCGGUUCACAGAUUUCAACUGGUGAGUUAGCGUCUGUCACAUUGUCAUUAUAUGUUUGUAAAACUAAUUUAUUAGCCACAUAUAUGAAUAAGCUUAACUCAAAUUAUUUUCGCAUUUAUUAUUUUAUAUAUAUUUUUCAUUAAAGUAUGUUUACAACUUAAAAAAAAAAAAAUUCAAUAGCAUCAAUAAAUGUUAUAAAUAUUUUAAUUUAAUUUGACAUAGUUUGGAAUGACUGAGAUUUGUAUGAUUUAAUCCUGGCACUUUUUUUUUUACACACCUACAUGAGAUAGCACAGAUAUUGAACUCUAAGUAUGUUUGCUGGGCUACUGUAGUCAUAAAAAUGUCUAUCGCAAGACUGAAUUUCAUGUGAUUGAACUCACGCUAGUUGUCGUAUGUUUAUUUCACAUCAGCUCCUGUCUCCCCUCGCUCGCCUUCUUUCAUUUUUUCUCUAUCGAAUUCUCCGUUCCUUUUUCUCUCUAUCUCUCUCUCUCUCUUUCUUCAUCUCUUUCUCUCCCUCUUUCUCUCUCUGUGUCCUUUUCUCUGUCUUUUACUCUCUCUAUCGAUCUCUUUCUCUCUCACACUCUCUCUCUAUUAUGUCUCUCUUUCUCUCUUUUUUCUCUCUUUAUCUCUCUCACUCUCUCUCUCUUCCCAUUUCUCACUUUCUCUCUUUCACGUUCUUUUUUUUUCUUUCUCACUCUUUCUCUCUCUUUCUCUGUCACUCUCUCUCUCUCUCUCUUAUUUCUCUCUUCCUUUUCUCCCUUUAUCUCUCUAUAUAUCUUUCUCUAUCUCUCUUUUCUCUCUCUCUUUCUUAGUCUCCUUCUUUGUCUAUCUCUCUCUUUAUUUUCAUUCUUUCUCUUUCCCUCUCUCCUUCUUUCUCUCUCUUGUUUCCCUCUUUCUCUCUUUUUAUCAAUCUCUCUCUUUGCCUAUCUCAUUCUCUCUCCCUCUUUCUCCAACUUUCUCCUCUCUUUAUUUCUCUCUCUCUCUCUCUCACUCUAUAUAUAUAUAUAUAUAUUUAUAUUUAAAUCGUUAAUGCCUUUCCUCACCAAAAUGUCCAUUCAUUCCGAGCUUUUCUCAUUGGCCUAAUCUACCCCACAAAAUGUCAUGUAUUUCUAAGUGCGCUAGCUACAGAUAUACACAACUAGAAAUAGAUAUUGACGAAAAAGUGACAAACACGUCGUGUUGGUUAGCUCCUGAUUUUACCAUGGGUUUGCUUCUUCCUUUUUGUAUUAUCUUUAAAAAAAAAACAGAAAUUAAAACUUCUAUACCACAAAAACAUUGUAUGCUCCAAAUCAGCCUACAACAAUUUGUUACGAUUAAACAUUUCGUACUUCAUUUUUUUCCUCAUAAUAGUAGGUUUGUUUACUGUUUUAAUUGAUGUAAUAAUGUUGUCUUUACGUUUCCAUCUUUAUCAUAGGAAAGCCAGGUGAGUUUUGGUUGAAUAAACAAUUUAAUUAAUUUACAACUAUUUUGUUUACUAAAAUAAGUUCCAUAAUCUAUUGAUUUUAAUUCUAUUUUACUAAGAGCAAAGAUGAUAAAUAGUUUAUCUGGCGUUUCUUGUAUGAUAAAUAAAAUAACAAGCAAAAUUUCCACACAGUAUGUAAGGUCAAGGCAGACAUUGUCUUCAUCACUGAUUCCUCGGGAAGUAUCGGACUGAAGAACUAUAAGAAAGUCUUAAACUUCGCUGUCAAUUUCACAUCUAAUUUCAAAAUUGGUCAAAAUGAUGUGCUCGUCGGACAUGUGAUUUUUGGGCACGACGCUAAAAAAAUGUUUGACUUCAAGGAUUAUUCAAAUCAUGUUCAGCUUAGAGAGGUAAUAAAAGGGUAAUUUACAGUUGAAAGGGUAAAUCAGGGAGUUUCAUAGCUUGAAAGAUUUGAUUUUAAAUUGUGUGCAUCUGAAGGACUUCAUUAAAUGUUUAAUUAGCCCUGGAAGUUGUUAUGUUAGGGUCCUAUUGUACAGCUAAAGCAGGUAAUUUUAGGUUAGACUACAGCUAAAAGAGGAAAUUACAGGUUAGCAUACAGCUAAAAUAGGCCAUUUCAGAGAAGUCUUUAUUAACAUUAAAGGUUACAUAAUCGCGAUGAAAAGCAACAGAUCAAUAUUUCAGAAACCUUUAAAAAAAAGGGGGGGGGGGGGGGGGGGAGCCAGGUUUCAUUUGAAGAAGUUAUGAAAGGUCUAUUUGAAUGUUCAACAAUAUGAUGAUUUAGGUUGAUUUAAUCUCGAGAGUUCUAACAAAAUAUACACCUGUUUUAGAAGUGUUAGCCAUCUAGGACACAUCAACCAACAUUAAUUUUUAAUGAAUCGUAACCAUUUUGUUUUCGUUUUGUACCUUGUUAGAAUCGUUGUCUGGAGAUAAAGGCUUCACGUCCACUCUAUCCUCUUUAUAUUAAAUAUUGCCAAACAUUUUGUGGGUCCUCUUGAUUGUACUAGAAUUCCUAUUUUGAAGGCAUUACUGUCGACCCCUUACCUGUUGCAAUCUACAAACACGGACAAGGCUCUGGACCUAGUUGCUAGUGGUGGAAUGCUGGACACAUCCUCCGGUGCACGGCCUGACGCCAGCAAAAUAGCAAUCGUCAUUACAGAUGGUCGGUCAGAUAAGCCAGAGCUCAGUAAGUACGGUGGUGUAUGCAAGAGAUUUCAAAUAAAUCAUAAAUUCGCCACAAACAUGUUAUUCUUCAAACGUUGGUGAUUUUCCAUGACGAGUGUCAUGACGAAUGUUUGUGGUAAACAAGGUUUAAACAAGGUUUAAAGUGUUUCUUCGUUUAACUCUGACUGUAAAAGCGAAAGCGAAGCGCCUCCAAGGAAACUUGGGGGAGUCCACACGGGGGUUGCAUUUUUCGUCAUCUUCUUAGCGUGGGGGACUAUUAGGGAGGUACUGUUCUCCCGAAGCGAAAAACCCCGGCCGACCGCAUGACUCCCUAAGCUACGGCAGUAGUAAUGUCGUUACAUGAUUACUUUUGCUGCUAAUGGUAUGAAGCUUGGGUGGCGGUUAAAACCCAUGGGAUGAUUUUAACUGUGCGGUCGUGAGAAAGCCGCUCCUAGGCGACCGUUUCGUCCAAGUUUUCCGUCCCGACAGAAAGACUCCCUGGGCGGUGGGGGGUGAUAACGCAAAAAAUUUCUUCCGAAGUCGAAGCAAACCCGCCCAAGCCACGGGAGAGUCGGCUACGAACACUUUAAACGCAGCGUUUUCGGUCGACCGGACGGCCCCGAGGCCAGUGGGGAGGUUCCCGGCGUGCUACGUGGUUUGGCGUCGGGGAAGCCCGGCGUCUGACCCGUGGGGGGGGUGGUUAUGGGUUGCCGCGGGGGGGAUUAUGAGCUCGCGCUGGACGGCCCACAGACGCCAUUUCCCAAUGAGAAGUAUUGAUCCUCAUAAUUAUUCUAUUUAAUCAUCUCUUUUAUUUAUCCUCAACAUUUUCCUAUUAAAUCAUCUCUUUUAUCCGCAAAAUAAUUUUCAAACAAUUCCACCUGGAGUAAUAUCCUGAAAUUUAUUCCAGCAAAAGCUGCGGCCAAACGCCUGAGAGAAAAGGGUGUGACCAUUAUUGCUAUUGGCAUUGUCCACGCCGUGACAUCAGAAAUUAAGGCCAUGGCUAGUACUAACAGAGAUGCUUUUGAGUUAACUUCUUUUGAUUCCCUGGGAGCUAUUGUGAAGCAGGUUUCAAGCAGGAUAUGUCCAAGUGAGUAAUCCAAAUUUUUUUUUUUUUUUUUUUUUUGUCCACCAGUUUUGUCCAGCUAUUUAAAGAUGAAGCAUGAUUCAAUUAAAAUAUUUGUCUAUAGACAUAACUUAUAUUGUAAAAAAUACUUUUCCCGAGGCUACAAAUGUUGCAAGCAGCCGAUGUAUUUUACUAUUUAGUACUCAUAAUUUUAAAAAAAAGUGAAUAAUUUUUGUAAAGGGGUACAUAAGUUUGACUAAGCUCUCUCAAAACUGAAAGAUAUUUUAAUUUCUUUUUAACAGAUCCAUCGUGUUAGACGCGCAACUUCUCAAGUCUUCAAAUGGGGAAACUUUGUAAAGAAAACUCUGUUCAGUCUACCAAAAGCUAUCAAGAUAAUCAACAUUAUGGAAUCACAAGCUCAAACAAUUCAAGUUGAUAUUUUUCUGUUAAUAAUUGUUUUCUGUCAACGGAUUAAAGAAGUAAAUUAA